AUGCAAGCGCAGCCUCCCACUCGCGAGGAAGCUCAGGCACGUCAGAACCGCCAGUUUGCCCUGUUUGGAAUGGCCUAUUUCCAGAGGUUGGACCCGCAGGCAAAGCAACAGUUUCAACAGUUGCCUUCCCAGAAGCAAAACGAGAUCGUUAGGAACGCAAUCGAGCAACGUAAACAGCAAGAGAUUCACAAGGCGCGCGGGCAGCAGAUGGCGGCGCAGCAGGCAAAGCAACAGGAAGCGCAACAACUGGCAGCGCAGCAACUGGCAGCGCAACAGCUGGCAGCGCGACAGGCACACUUCAACAGAUUUACACAGCAAUACAUCAGCUCGUUCAGUCCUGAGAAGUUGCAACGAUUCAGACAGGGUUCCGGAACACAGCAAAAGCAGCAUCUUUGCGAUGUCUACAAGCAGAUGCAAAACGCGCAGAAGCUACAACAGCAGAAACUGCAACAAAUGCAGCAGCAUCAACCAGCCGGGCAGCUACAGCAGGUGUUGCAGCCGCAACAGCUCGCGCAACAACCUCAACGUAUUCUGCAAACUCCAAAACUGAAGAGGCCUCGUUCUGACGACGAUGAGGCAAGCCCAGCCACCAAGGUAGCCAAGUUCGCGCAGCCAAUUACAGAGCAGCAGCCGGAGAACACAGAGGAUCCAGACGAGCAGAGACUCAGGUCUAAGCUCACAAGCUGGCUCGCAUCCAAUCAGGCUAAGGAAGAAGCUCAGAAGAGCGAGCAGUCUGCGGAGUUGCACUGGCAGAUGCAGCACGCUGGCCCUUACGCUGGCUAUCGACCUGCGAAGUCGAACAUCCCCGACAACUCGUUCUAA